AUGACGGAAGAAGUGCACGAAAUACGCGUUGGUGAAAAAGGGAAACUCUCCACGUUGUCCUUCACCUCGACGGAACUGAGCAUUGCUCGUGCCGGCAAGAAACCGACGAUCAUACCCGUUCGGCAGGUGCUUUGGGCGGAAUCGGAUACUGCAUCCCCGAAAGUCAUUCACAUUUCUGUCCUCGGGCGUAAGAAGAAGAGCCCAAAGAACCCGCUUUCUCUUAUCCAUCUCUCUGGUGAAAUUCAGAGUGGUGAAGAGACCAAGGCGAAAGAAUGGGCGGACGCCCUGAUGCAUCUUGCGUACGAGGCAUUGGGAAUCAAGCGGAAGAGGAGCCUAAGGGUCCUUGUCAAUCCGCAUGGCGGCAAGGGUAAAGCAGUGGCCAUAUAUAACAAAAAGGUAGCGCCAAUAUUCGCUGCUGCACAGUCUACUGUAGACUUGACGCACACCACCCACGCAAAACACGCGGUGUCCCUUGCUCAGUCACUUCCGCUCGAUACCUUCGACGCGCUCGUGGCCGUCUCAGGUGAUGGCCUUCUUCAUGAAUGUAUCAACGGUCUCGCGACGCAUUCCGUAUCCCCUGCGCGUGCCUUGAAGAUACCCUUGGCGCCCAUUCCGACAGGGAGCGGGAACGGGACGAGUUUGAACUUACUCGGCAUCGACCAAGGUUUCGAUGUCUGCGCUGCUGCCCUCAAUGUGCUCAAAGGGCGACCCAUGCCUAUGGACCUUUUCUCCAUAACGCAGGACGGGAAACGCUCGUUCAGCUACAUGACGCAGUGCGUUGGACUUAUGGCCGAGCUUGACCUCGGCACCGAGAAUCUCCGCUGGAUGGGCGAUACACGAUUCAUCGUUGGGUUUCUUCGUGGGUUAUUAUCCAUGAAGCCCACUCCGGUGACGCUGUCCAUGAAAGUAGUGGUCCAGGAUAAAAACGAAAUGGUGUCGGCAUUGCAGUCUGCGCGAGCUCAUCCAACCACGUAUGGCGACGCGUCGGCGCCUGCUGCGAUUGGGAGUGACGAUGCUCCCGCGCGGGAUGCCAACGAGGUUCUCCCACCUCUCCAAUAUACCACUGACGAGGAGGGUUGGACCACGUUCGACAAGCCCCUGCUGUUCGUCUAUGCUGGUCAAGCGCCCUACGUUGGCCGGGAUUUGAUGCAAUUCCCGGUGGCUCUUCCCAACGACGGCCUGAUCGAUAUAGCUGCGCAGGAGCUGACAAAUCGCAGUGACAUGCUCAGCGCCAUGGAUGGGGCAGAGAUGGGCGAGACAUUCUGGUUAAAAUCACAACACUAUUUCAAGGCGCACGCGUACCGCAUAAGCCCUACUCCCGGCUCAAAGGGCUACGUGUCGAUCGAUGGGGAGGCAUACGAAUGGAAACCGUUUGCAGUCGAGGUGCAUCCCAGCCUUGCCACCUUCUUGAGUCCCGAUGGACGAUUUGCUGCCGAGUUCACGAAAUCCGAUACAAGUAAGAAGUAACUGGAGUUCGGGAUCCUGUUUGUCUUUAUCU